GCAUUCAUCCAAAACAGAAGCAUUCGUUGUUCCUUUGAGUCUGAGAGAUGUGUGGGGGUGCUAUUAUCUCUGACUUCAUUCCCGCGGCGGUGACGGCGAGGUCUCGACGCCUGACCGCGGAUUACCUGUGGCCGGACUUGAAGAAGCCGAGCUCAGGGAAAUCCCUGAGAUCUGAGGUCAUUGACUUGGAUGAUGAGUUUGAGGCUGAUUUCAGGGAAUUCAAGGACGAUUCCGACAUCGACGAUGCCAAGCCCUUUACUUUCGCCGCCUCUUCUCGUCGAUCUACGGCAGUGAAACCUGUGACAUUCAAAGGGCAAGCUGAGAAAUCUGCAAAGAGAAAGAGGAAGAAUCAGUAUAGGGGAAUCCGUCAGCGUCCUUGGGGGAAAUGGGCAGCUGAGAUCAGGGAUCCAAGAAAGGGGGUGCGUGUUUGGCUUGGAACCUUCAACACUGCUGAAGAAGCUGCUAGAGCUUAUGAUGCUGAAGCGCGGAGGAUUCGUGGCAAGAAAGCCAAGGUGAAUUUUCCUGAGGAGUCUUCAGGUGCUUCCUUAAAACGUUCUAAGGUAUAUCGACAGGAAAAUAGGAAAACUGUUCAGCCGUGCAAUGUUGGUUAUAGUGGCGAACCCUACUGUUGUCCUAUGGAUCUGGUGGAACAGAAACCCCUAGUUAACCAGAAUGCUGACGCGUACACCUUCCCUGGCAGUGUAAAUGGGCUUGCAUCCCUUGCUUCGUCUGAUGAUGUGACCCUUUACUUCAGUUCAGAGCAGGGGAGUAAUUCAUUUGAUUAUGCAGAUCUUGGAUGGGGUGAGCAGGGCCCCAAGACUCCUGAGAUCUCAUCCAUGCUUUCUGCUCCCUUGGGUGGUGAAUCCCAUUUCGUGCAAGAUGCCAACCACCAGAAAAAUGUGCAGUCUGAAUCUCAGGAUGUAAUACCUGUACAAGAUCAUUCUGCAAAAACCCUGUCUGAGGAGCUUGUGGAUAUUGAAUCCGAGUUGAAGUUCUUUCAGAUGCCUUAUCUUGGAGAGAGUUGGGAUGAUACUUCAUUGGAAUCCUUGCUAUCUGGAGACACAAGUCAGGAUGGUGGAAAUUUGAUGAACCUUUGGAAUUUUGAUGACAUUCCUUCCAUGGCUGGUGGGGUUUUCUAAGCAGCUUUUUCUUGAUUUCCGUCUGUAAAUAAAGCUACAAGUUAAUAUUUUUCAUUAUUAAUUUUGUUUUUGUUGCAUUUGUUGCUCUCUUGUUGGAGUUGGACACAUCCCUGAAAGUGUCUGAAAAAAAUAGAAUGUUAUUUCCAUUUUGUUGCUUUCCGCGGAAUGGUUGUCAUCUGUGUUGAACGGGAGAGUGUAAGCAACUGCUGAUGCUGUGCACUCUGAGUAGCAUUGAGAAAUUUUGAAGGAUGAAUUCUCUAAGUGAGAUGGUCAAAUCUAAACUUCCAAGAAAACCAU